AUGGCCAAAAACUACCCUUCGUUCAUUGUGGAUGCUUUUACAACUCAGAGUUUUGCUGGAAAUCCGGCAGCCGUGUGCUUAAUUCCACAGAAACUGAAAGAUGAAGAAUAUCUGAAGAUUUCAUCUGAAUUCAAUUUGUCUGAAACUGCGUUUCCCGUACCAAUCGGUCCAUUAGAUUUCAAGCAGUGUUCUCAAUUCUCCCUUCGUUGGUUCACUCCAAAAACAGAAGUUCCUUUGUGUGGACAUGCAACACUUGCCACGUCACAUGUUCUUUUCAAUGAAGUUGGAAACGUGAAUGAGGAAAUUAAAUUUGAUACUCAAUCGGGAGUUCUGAUCGUGAAAAGAGGCGAUUCGGGUAAUGUAGAAAUGGACUUUCCUGAGUAUGACUUGACCUCAAUGAAGUUCAAUGACACUCCAAAUCCACUUCAUGGAAUUUUAUCAGAAUUCGAAGCUCCAUCCUUCUUACUCAAUGUCAUCAAAUGCGCUGUUCCAGCUGAAAUGUCCAUUGAAUCCGUUGUCUAUUCAUCAAAAUCCAAAAAACUCAUCAUUGUCGUUGAUCCUGAAACCACGAAAUUUGAACUGGAAUCUGUGAAAAUCGACAGUUCAAAAAUGCUGGAACUUCACGACGGAAGCUUUGUUCGUGGAUUGGCUAUCACUUUCAGUCCCUCGAAUCCAUCGUCUCAAGGUUUCAAAGACCCAUCAAAUGAACCAUAUGAUUAUGUCUGUCGUUAUUUUGCCCCGUGGGUUGGAAUAGAUGAGGAUCCAGCGACGGGUUCUGCACAAUGUGUAAUGGGUCCUUUCUGGUCUAUAAUGUUAGGAAAACACGAAUUAUAUGCUUUGCAGGCAUUUCCAGGUCGUGGAGCUCAGUUCCGUAUUCGACUCCGAGAUGAUCGUGUAGUUUUGAAUGGACCUUCUGUGACUAUUCUUCGGGGAGAAAUCGCUCUCAAACAUUCUUAA